AUGGGUGAGAUGAUUCUCCCAGCCCAUGGAGGUCAGUCCAAGAGCCCCGUGGUAGCCGUCAUCGGGACCGGGUACAUUGGAUUUCAGCUUGUUACAAUAUUUGGCCAGAAGUAUAAAACCAUUGCCUUCGACAUUCGCGAAGAUCGCAUCAAGGACAUUGCCUCCCUGGUAGGGAGAGAGCCCAAUAUUAUCUGCUCAACGGACGCUGCCCAGCUGGUGAACGCCACCCACUUUCUGGUUGCCGUGCCUACUGGCCUCUCGUAUGGGGGUAAGGAGGUUGAUAUUUCCCCGCUCCACGCAGCCCUUGAUACGGUUGGACGAUAUGCGCAGAGAGAAGCCACUGUUGUGAUAGAAAGUUCGGUUGCCGUUGGGAUGACGAGAAAGCUCCUAGGACCCCUCCUAGUUACGAAGGCACUUAAGGGAGGCAUGUCCCCCGAGCGAGUGGACCCGGGACGAACCGAUCCACCAUCCCAGGGGAUCCCAAAGGUCAUAUCCGGCCUUGACGAUAUUUCCCCUGGAUCUUUGGCCAGCAUCGAGUCACUCUAUAGCAGCAUCUUCGCAAAUUUGGUCAAUGUAUCAACUCCUGAAGUCGCAGAGAUGACUAAGCUGUACGAGAACUGCCAACGGAUGGUCUGCAUUGCCUACGCUAACGAAAUGGCUGACGCUUGUGCUGUCCAUAACAUUGACCCAUUUGAGGUGUCCUCUGCUGCGGCAACAAAACCGUUCGGCUAUUGUCCUAUUGUUCCAGGUAUUGGUGCCGGAGGAAGUUGUAUUCCUAUCAAUCCUUAUUACCUUUUCCUUAAUGGAAAAUUUCCUUUGUUAAAAGCUGCCACCGAGAACACAUGGAAUCGACCACGUGUAAUCGCGGACCAAAUCAUGGACUCUUAUUGGGAGUCGCGCCCGGAACGGAACGGCUUCUCACGCCUGAACCCCAGUAUACUCGUUGUCGGAGUCGCUUUCAAGCCUGGCCAGUCUUCGAUUACCUUUUCGCCCGGAGUAGCCCUGAUCCAGCACAUUAUGACGCAUUGGAAAGCAAAUGUCACAUUUGCAGACCCCCUUGUCCAAUCGAUCCCUGUCCCCAAUGUGACUCGGUUGGAUGAGUCCAAGGAGUGGCAUAAGCAGCGAUUGGAGCAGUUCGACAUGAUUAUCGUCGCAAUGAAACAGGACAACUUAGAUUGUGCCCUCCUUGGUGACUUAGAGGGGGUCCGCCUGAUCAUGUGUUGUGCGUAA